AUGAUUCUAUACGAGUAUGUAACAAGACACAUUACUAUACCAUCUGGUGAGCAAAAUGCUCUGUCGGUGAUGGAUGGCGGGGAGGCGUGGUCGCGCGAGUGCGCGGGUCGCGGGGCGGCCCUCGAGCGUACGUACGUUCACGAGGUGUACGAGCAGGCCGGUGACGACGCGACCACGCCGGCGCCCGCCGUGCGAGCCUUCAUCAGCGACCUGGAGCCCGGCAGUCUCGUCUGUGAUAUAGGUUGCGGUAACGGCAAGUAUCUGAACGUGAACCCAUCCGUGUUCGCGGUAGGAGGCGACCGUUGCACGAGGUUGGCUGCGCAGGCGCAUCAUAACAAUAAUGAGGUUGUGGUAUGCGACAAUCUCUGCCUCCCGUUCCGUGAUGAGUCGUUUGACGCGGUUCUAUCUAUCGCUGUGGUACAUCACUUCGCGACAGUCGAGCGUCGAGCCAGCGCGUUGCGAGAACUCGCGAGAAUUACUAGGAUCGGUGGCAGAUUACUACUCACUGUGUGGGCUAUGGAACACGAAGGGAGGAAUUUCCAUUCUCAGGAUGUCUUAAUACCAUGGCAUCGUCCAGCGACACUAUGUCCACCGCCGCCGGCCCCGAGAUUCCUUUCAGUAGACUACGAGCAGUACGCUGAACCAUGGAAAAGUCGUGAUGGCUCUCCGGGAUCAUCAUCGCUGUCAUCACCGAAUGAAACUUGCUAUUCAUUCGUUCGAAGAGCUCUACAAAGGCUGGCUGGACGACGUUCAUUCCUUCCUUCAUGGACGAUCGGUCCUAGAGUGAACCAAAGACAAUGCUCUCGCCCUGAACCAUUAGCUACUGACUUGCCCAUAGAAUUGAGAAGACUAGACGAAUUUCUACCUCCACGGCUGAUAUCUCAACCAUCGGAUGCGUCCACAAUGAAAUCUCGCAGCUUAACAGACAUCGCGGAUACGGAAAGACGAGCUCUUGUACGAUCUAGAUCUAGUUUGCCUAGUCUAGGUGGCGAUGAAGUUGAACCAGAACCAGAAAAACCAACCCAGGUCAUUGAACCGCGGAAGAAACCUCGACUGGUCAAACAAAAGAAAUCCAUUAACGAAGACGACGCGGAGGAAGAUUUAGACAAACCGACAGACAUGAAGAGCUUAGUGGAAGAAAUGCCUAAUUUUAAAAUACAUACGCAAAAAUUACAAUCGAAGAAACCUGGUGUAUUCAAACAAACGUCGCUCAACGAAGAGCUAAUGUCCGUAGAAAGAUUGAGGGAGAAAGAACGUUUGAGAAAGAAUAUACAAAAACAAGCGUCUCUUAAUGAAGAAUAUUUAUACCGAAGACCGGGAGCUCUAGAUUCGAUCCGCGAUUCAAUAUUUUCGACAUCAGCUACAACAGCCAAAAAAUUCCAAUCCCUAAAAAACGGCCUUACAAAUAAAUUCAAAACGUCCACAACGAAUAUAGAUAAAGUUACCGUGUUUGUUAGAAUGCUGCAAGGAUGGAAAAAUCACGGCCCGGUACCGGAAGUACCUACGCCGAGUGACAAUAACGCGAACAGUGAGAAGAGUUACCCGGAAAGACGUCACUCAAGAGAGGAUGGAUCAGAUUCCUCAAAAGAUAGCAGCCUUCAAAGUGAUACCAGUGUUGAUUCAGAAGAUAGUUUCGCAUCUGUCAUAUAUGUGCCUAAAGCAGAUGGUUCUGGCGAUCCAUUAUCACCCACACCUUUAUCCCCGGGCCCGACUUCUCCACGAUUAAAAGUUUCAUCGGUACCGACAUCGCCGAGAAUGAAAUCUUCACCUGGAUUACCUUCUCCAAGGAUCAAACAAGCAUUUCCUCUCAUCCGCCCCCCAGCGUCACCGAACGCUGUACAAGCCCCAGGAACUGUUCAUAAUAAAAUCUUAGUCGCACAAUACAGUUUAAAAAAUUACACCACAACUAAUAUUAAUACGGUACCCAUAAAACCGCUAUCAAAAAGCCAACCCAAUUCGCCUCCGAAGCCGGAACCCGAAGAAAAUGUUCUUAAAACAGAAAUCAGACCAAUACCUACUGCAAUUAUAAGCAAACCUCCUCCAAUUCAGAUAUACGAAGAAAUAGAUCAGAUUCCACCAAUACAAGAAGAAGAAGAAACGCCUACCGAAGCCACAAAAGAUCUGAUAGCAGAAAUAAAUAAAGACAUCGAAGAAAUACAUAAACUAACAGCUGAGACCGACGAUUUCAUGCCACGAGUCCUACAAGAUACAAAGCCAUAUCCGAAAAUAACACUGCAAACAGUCGCAGAAUUACCUGAAAUACCAAAAUUUAAGCCCAAAGGCCCUAAUAAAUCACCAACAAGUGACGCAUCAGAUAAAUCAGCUGACAGAAAGCGAAAGGAGAGGAUACGUCAAAUAAAAGAUAUGUUAAACAAAGGGAUUCCAAGUAUUAAUAUAAGUCGACGACCGCCGUUUCCUAUAGUUCGUAGUACGAGUAAGGCUGACCCAAUAGCUAAAAGCCAUCCAAAAUUGAUGACCCUAGAACUAUUCAAUCCCGCGACUGAUGAUAUGGACAGUGAUUCAAGCGGAGUUUCUUCACCGGAUUCAGUGGAUAGCGUGAUUAGUGUAGUACCGGAUGAACUACGAAAAACUGCUCUCGAAAAAGAUCUUCCUAAUCCCUCUGAAGUUACAACAGAAGAUACAAACUCCACAGAAAAAUCAUUACAGAAUACAUCACAAAAUUUAAUAGAAGCCGUUACCGAAGUCGCACAAAGCUUAGACGAAACUUGCGAAACAGUUAUACAAUCGAGUCCUAGAUCUAAACGAAAACAAUUAGAAAAAAUAGAAAGUACUGAAGCUAUAGCUAUCGUACAAGGAGCUUCAAGCAGCAGUAGCAGCAGUAAUUGGAGCUUAAAUAAGCUUUCACCUGGUGACCUCAGAAUAUUAGAGGACAAAUCAAGGUCACACUCAAAUACAACCUCUAGCGGAAGUUCCUCAAGCCUAGAACGAUUAUCCCCGGGACGAAGAUCCAAAGACAGAUCACCGAAACAAGGAAGCAUUAACAAUUCUACUUGGAGCCUAAAUAGACUCUCUCCUAAUAGACCAGAAGGAAGAUCUCUUGAUGAAAAUCUAGGGAAAAAUAGAAGUCCGACCCGACUACCAUACGAUUCGCUGUCUAUAUCUAGUACAGAUUCAGAGAAAUCUAUAUCAAAAUCGGAUAGCUUUAAUAGAAUACAAAACGAGCCUCUGAUAACAUGUAGGUCGGAUAUGCUGGCUAAAGAAGAGGAAUGGAUUAACGAACCGAACGAUCGUAAUCAACAUCUUACGGAAUUCGCUGAGAAACUCAGCGAGAAAUUACUACAGGAAAUCGAUCAAUACUCGAAACGUAUAAACGAAGAAGAUUUCGAUCUCCCUAGUAGCAGUAGCAGCGAAAAAAGCAUCUCGCUCAGACUGAAACGAGAAGAAGAAGAUAGAAAUACUCAGAAAAUAUUAGACGAACUCUCCGAUAGCCUACAACAUCUCGAAGACCCGUCUAAUAAAUUCAACAACGAUAACACACCAAGCAAAAUAAGCAACGAAAAACUUAAAUACACAACGGUCCAAGAUACAGAAUCUGACAUCAAUAAGUUAUUCCCGAAGUGCAGCACGAAAUCUAAAAGCAAGAAGAGAUGCAAAGACGUCGAUCCGAUUAUUAAUAAGUACAGAGAACUUAAGAAGAGCAUUCGUGUGACAAGCGAUGAGGAUAUAUAUUUAAAUAACUGUGCCAACAUACAAUACAACGUAAAACCUAUUAUAGACGAGAGGUUAACCGAAAUCGACACCAAGAACCCAGAUGAUGAUAGCGCUAUAUCCUCAAGCAACGGAAAUCCAGAAAUAACGAUAGAAUCUGGAACAUACGAUACUAGCCAAUCAUUAGAAACGGGAUACUCAUUGGAAUCAGAAAUAAGUGUAGACUCAUUAUGCACGAGCACAGAAAAACGUUCCUCAUUAAAAGUCGGCCAAUCAACAGAUUCUAGCGAUUUAGAUAAAAUGGAAAUCAGUCCUGAAUCAAUUACAUCACGAUCAAGCGCUAGCACAGCUUUAAAAUCGGGUUUUUCAAUCGAAUCAAGCGAUACAUCCGCUGGAAGUGAUUGGAGUAGACGUGAUAAGACCGGCAGUACGGCAUCUUUGGGCUGCGCUAGUUUAGCAUCAUUACCUUCGUGUAGUGAAUGUUCCAAAGAAAGGAAGCUUCUAGAAACUCGUUCGUCUUCUGAGGAUACUACUCCCGCGGUACUUCCUCGGCCAAUUCCUCACGCACCAUUGCUACCCUCACUCAGUGAUGGCUCAGACAGUCUACCCUCAGAAGGUGGCGCGGUCACUUACCAUAGAUACUACCACGUAUUCAAAAAAGGCGAACUAGAUCAACUCAUAGAAAAAUACGUCGAAAGUCUUCACGUUGUAUCCUCGUAUUACGAUCAGGCGAGCUGGUGUGUCAUCGCAGAGAAAGUACAAGUGUGGACUAUAUAA